CCCCCCCCUCCCCUCCCCGAGCACGCGAAGACCGCCCGCAGCACGCCAACACGGGACGGACUGCGAUGCGUGAUGCAGAUCAAGAGUUGGCAUCCUGCUGUCAGGAGGUGGUGGUCUCCUCUCUCACCUGCUCCCGCGUCGCGUCUCGUCUCGUCUCGAUUUUUUUUAACAGCGCGUUGCUUCAACUUCUCGUGCAACUCUCUGCGUGAAACUGCGCAUUUUGCGGGGAGCGUGUAGGGAAUCCACAUUGAAUGCCCGCAGGACAUCUCACGCCGGACUGCCUGCGUUGGAUCACCGCAAGGAGUCGGACCGUGAACUCCGCGAUGGUCUGACGGCCGGAAAGUCCCACCAACAUCAGUCCAAGUCUCCUGGCGUCGCCAUCUAAUUGGCUGCUUGCCCGUCACAUGAUGGCCAAUAACAACGAGCUACAGAGCGAUCCGGGCGGGCUGUCUGUGCUCCAGCAGCUCGGUCUGGACCAGAACUCUGACUUCUCUGACUCCAGCGUGCAGCAGUGCCUGGACGAGCACCGCGAGAGGAUCCGCAGGGAGAUCCGCAAGGAGCUGAAGAUCAAGGAGGGCGCGGAGAAUCUGCGCCGCGCCACCACCGACAAGAGGAAUGCCCAGCAGGUGGACUCGCAGCUCCGCAGCUCCAACCGCAAGCUGGAGGCCCUCCAGACCCAGCUGCAGGAGCUGGACGCACACAUUGUGGUCAAGGGCCCCGAUGAAAACAAAGAUGCCCCCCAGUCCCCGGGGGCCCCCAAUCGGGUGUCGGCCAACCAGCAACGCAUCGCGGCUUUGGAACGGCAGCUAAACAUCGAGCUGAAGGUCAAACAAGGAGCAGAGAACAUGAUUCCGAUCUACGCCAACGGAGGUACCAAGGACAAGAAGCUGCUCCAGACGGCUCAGCAGAUGCUGCAGGACAGCAAGACCAAGAUCGACAUUAUCCGCAUGCAGAUCCGUAAGGCCAUGCAGGCCACGGAGCAGUCUGAGGACAGCCAAAGUAAGCCGGACAUGUGUGGGAUGGAGCUGCGCGUGGAGGAGUUGUGGCACCACUACCGCGUGGAGCACGCCAUGGCCGAGGGCGCCAAGAACAUGCUGCGACUGCUCGGCGCGGGAAAGGUCCAAGACAAGAAGGCCAUGGCUGAGGCCCAGUGUGGUUUGAGCGGGUCGUCCCAGCGCCUGGACCUGCUCAGGUGUUCUCUGGACCAGAGGCUGCAGGAGCUGCCCGAGGACCAUCCCAAGGCUUGCCUCAUCAAGGAGGAACUGGUGCUGGCCACCUCCUCGGCUUUCAGCUCCCGCCACAGCACACCUUACGUCCACAACCAGUACAGCACCAUGAGCAAACCCUCGCCACUCACAGGUACUCUUCAGGUGCAUCUUCUGGGCUGCGUGGGGCUGCUGGAGGUCGUCCCAGGGCGGAGCAGAGGGACCCCGCUGGUUCUGCCCUCUUACUCUGUGGGAGACGGACGCUCCUCGUUCAAACUGAGUGGCCUCUACAGCCGCAGCACCAGCAGCAUGAGCCUGAAGAUCCCCGGCAAAACCGAGGAGCUCUCCUCGGAGGUCAGCGCGGUGCUGAAGCUGGAGAACACCGUGGUCGGUCAGACGGUGUGGAAGACGGUUGGAGAGCAGACCUGGGACCAGACGUUCAUUGUGGAGCUGGAGAGAUCCAGGGAGAUGGAGAUCGCAGUGUACUGGAGAGAUUACCGCUGCCUGUGCGCACUGAAGUACCUCAAGCUGGAGGAGUUCCUGGACAACCAAAGACACCAAGUCCAGCUGGAACUGGAGCCGCAGGGGCUGCUGCUGGCUGAGGUGAUUUUCUUCAACCCCGUGAUAGAGAGAGGCAAAAAGCUCCAGAGGCAGAAGAAAGUCUUCUCCAAACAGCACGGUAAAGCCUUUGUGCGCGCUCGUCAGAUGAACGUGGACAUCGCAACUUGGGUCCGCCUGCUGAGGAACGCCAUCCCCACUGGAGGCAACGUGCCCGCCUACACACCCAGCUUCACGGGCAACAUGCCGAGCGCGGGAGAAAUGUCAGUGGAGAAGCUGAAUCUGGGCAGCGACUCACCUCCCAAAGCUGAAAUCCGGAGAGAUGUGGUGGACACGGCCGCUCCCUUUGAACAGACGCCUGUCAUUGAGGCCCCGUCCACUCCGGAUGUCCCUGUGCGCGAGCAGCAGCAGCAACCGACCAGAUCAUUGUCCCAGAACUCUUUCAGCAGACCCAGCAGAGGCCCCCUCUGCCUUCAGGACUUCAAACUGAUAGCUGUGCUCGGCCGGGGCCACUUUGGCAAGGUGUUGCUGUCGGAGUACAAGAAGGGAGGCAGCCUAUACGCCAUCAAAGCCCUGAAGAAGGGGGACAUCGUGGCGAGGGACGAAGUGGAAAGUCUGAUGUGCGAGAAGCGGAUCUUUGAGACCGUCAACGGCUCGCACCACCCCUUCCUGGUCAACCUGUUUGCAUGUUUCCAGACGCCGGAACAUGUGUGCUUUGUCAUGGAGUACACGGCAGGAGGGGACCUCAUGAUGCACAUACACGCCGACGUCUUUUCCGAGCCACGUGCUGUGUUCUACUCAGCUUGUGUGGUCUUGGGUCUGCAGUUCCUUCAUGACCAUAAGAUUGUGUAUCGGGAUCUGAAAUUGGACAAUCUGCUGCUGGACACGGACGGUUUCGUCAAGAUAGCAGACUUCGGGCUCUGUAAAGAAGGCAUGGGUUAUGGGGACAGGACAAGCACAUUCUGCGGGACUCCUGAGUUUCUGGCCCCGGAGGUGCUGACGGAUACGUCGUACACCAGAGCAGUGGACUGGUGGGGGCUCGGGGUGCUCGUCUACGAGAUGUUGGUCGGUGAGUCUCCGUUCCCAGGCGACGAUGAGGAAGAGGUUUUUGACAGCAUAGUGAACGAUGAAGUGCGCUACCCUCGCUUCCUCUCCACAGAAGCCAUCGGCAUCAUGAGACGGUUGCUGAGGAGGAAUCCAGAAAGACGUCUGGGAUCUGGAGAAAAGGAUGCCGAAGACGUGAAAAAACAACCGUUCUUCAGGGGUGUGGACUGGGAGCCCCUUCUUCAGAGGAAGCUCCCGCCGCCGUUCGUCCCGACCAUCGUAGGCAAAGAGGACGUCAGCAACUUCGACGUGGAGUUCACGGCCGAGGCCCCUGCCCUCACGCCGCCCCGCGAGCGCCGCACCCUUUCCCGCAAGGAACAGGACCACUUCAAGGAUUUCGACUACGUCUCCGACCUCUGCUAGGCCCAGCGGUCACAGGGGUCGUUCGCGGCCGGCCACAGACUCUGGGAAGUUGACUGAGGAGCAAACUCUCUGUCCCGCACGAGGAGGGAGGGACUUGAAGGCGACACGGGGGGGCUAACCCCCUCUUCUUCUCUGCCUGCCUCUUUGCGGCGGGACGAAAAAACUGGCCGGGUCCGAGCGGGAGUCACGCAACACGUCGCAGAGUCACGGACCCGCCGGCUGAUCCGUGACACUGCGUGUCUUUUGGAAGAGGAGGAAUGGGUGGUGAAGAUAAUCCAGAUUAUGUUACAGAUGGAAGACGAGAUGAGUGACCCAGCCGUCGGUGCGAAGCGCACUGAAACCGCCCACUGAAUCCCAGUCAGAGUCAAAAGUGAUCAUUCUGGCAGGAAGCAGUGGGUCUCUUCUUCUGCCCCGCUCUCAUCUCACGUCCCUCUACCUGCGCUGUUUUUGUUGUUGCUGCUGAGUGUGUAUGUGUGUGUCGUUGUGUUCGGUGUCCCCCCCCCCCCCCCCUCAGUCAUGAACGUGUCCUCGUCGGCUGCUCUUGCAAUACUCGUACAUUGACACACGGGGGAGCCAGAGGAAUGAGGACCCCUCUUCGUCGGCUCCUCAUUAUGUCUUUCAUUACAAAACAGAUUUUUAACUACGAUCAUUUGUCAACAACAAAAACUUUUACAGAUUUAUGUUCUUUUUGCGAUCUAUGUCCCCCCCAACACCAUUUUCCCUUCUGUCAUUUGCUGUUAAAAUAUGUACAAACUGUGACUCAGUAAAAAUGUGAAACCAA